AUGUCAAGUCUCAGUGCUGUGAUUUCUGCUUUCUCGGCCAUUGGGCUUUCGUGGGGCGUCAGAGAUGAUGAUAUAAUCGACAGGCUGAACCAUUGGGUCAUGUACGGAAUGCUACUCGCCCUCGCUGUGGGUUCCGGAGCGAAACAGUACGUUGGAGAUCCGAUCAUCUGCUGGGUCCCAACUGAGUUCAAGGACAAACGCUACAAACGUUAUAUCAACAACCACUGCUGGGUCAACUCACUGUACAACGUGCCUUUCGAUGAUCCAAUACCUCUUGAAGAGAAUAGGCCAGACAAUGACGUCAGCUAUUAUCGAUGGGUAACAGUCAUCUUCCUCGUCCAGGCCUUCAUGUUCAAGGUUCCUCACUUCAUCUGGAGAGACUUGAAAGCGUAUUCAGGGGUCAAUUUGACAAAGAUUGUAGGGAAGCACCAGAUCUGUCUGACGCAUCACCGUUCAGACGGCGAGUCCGGUCAAUGAAGUCAGCGGGCGGCAAGCGGUCAGGCCGUUUCCUGGUUCGGUUGUACUUGUGCAUAAAGUUCCUCUACAUCAUCAACGUGAUCGGUCAGUUCUUCAUCAUUUCUUCCUUCCUCAAGCUCAACUAUUGGACGUUCGGUUUCGAUGCCAUAUCCUCGUACUUUCUCGACGGCGAGUGGGAGGAUUGGUCCAGCUUCCCUCGGGUGGUGCUGUGUGACUUUAAGAUCAGGCAGCUUCAGAAUGUCUACACCUACACAGUGCAGUGCGUCUUAUCCGUCAAUCUAUUCUUAGAGAAGAUGUUUUUGCUGCUCUGGUUCUGCUUUUAUCUCCUACUAGCUGCAAAUAUACUCAGCAUGGCUAAAUGGAUUGUGCAGUUGCUGCUGUGGUCGAAAACAAAAGAUUUUUUGUUGAGAUUUACCGGAGUUAUCGCCCCUGGUCGCCAGCCUACCCCAGGAGAGAUAAAAUCAUUUCGUCAAUUUGCGUACAGCUAUCUCGGGCCAGAUGGGGUGUUUUUGCUUAGAAUGAUCUCAAUAAAUACUCCCCAUCUCCUCACACUAGACUUGAUCAAACAAAUAUGGACAGUGUAUAUAAAGAAAAGACCAUUUGAACAAUCAUUGUCAAGAUCCGGGUCAACAACGCCCAUUGCAAAUUCAAACAACGUUUAAAGCAGUUGCAUUCAUGUUAGACGACGUUCAGAGUCGUUCCCUGCAACCUCGCCUCAUUCCCUAGCAAGAAUUUGCACCGUUGAUUCCUUUCAAGCGUAGACCUUUACAAUUCCUGCUGCUUUUUAAAUUUGAAAAAAAGAGGCAGUCAGAAAACAUAAUUUUUACCCAUUCGUUUUGAAAGGCCUAGAGGCUAUUUUUUCAUCACUUAAGACCAAAAUGCCGCUUCUGCAUUUUUUUCAAGCUUGUGUAAAGGUAAGGAUAUUAAUAAUGUAGCCGUACAUAUCGGCUGUUUCCUUUCAAGAAAUUCAAAAUGAAAGGAACAACCAGCAUUACCCCAUCUGCAUGUAUUUAUA